GCGCGAGUCACGCCAGCGCUUCCCUCUCCUCCUCCAUCCCUCUCGACUGCAGCCGGCGCGACGCUCGAUGCUCCGCUGCCCGCUCCUCCGUCUCGCACCCAUCCUCCGCACCGCACCCGCCGCCGCCCGCCGCUUCUCCGCCUCGCCCGCGCCCAGCAUGUCCGUCUUCCGCAGCGACCGCCUGCACAACAAGACCGUCUUCAUCACCGGCGCUUCGGGCGGCAUUGGCGCCGCCACGGCCGGGCUCUUCGCCCGCGCCGGCGCCAACGUCGUCGUCUCGGCGCGCCGCCAGGACGCGCUCGAUGCCGUCGUCGAGCAGUGCACGGCCGCCAACAAAGAGGGCGGCAGCGGCGCGGGCGGCAAGUAUGCCUCGCUCGUGCUCGACAUGCAGGACCGCAAGGCCAUCGAGACGAAUCUGCUGCCGCGCCUGCCUGACUGGGCGAAGAACGUCGACGUGCUCCUCGCCAACGCCGGCCUCGUGCUCGGCACCGACAAGGUGGGCGACAUCAGCGGCGACGAGAUCGACACGAUGAUCCAGACCAACGUCGUGGGUCUCAUCGCCACGGUGCAGCUCUUCGUGCGGGAGUUCAAGGCGCGAAGCGCCGGCCACAUCAUCACGCUCGGCUCGAUUGCUGGGCGCGAGGCGUACCCGGGCGGCGCCAUCUACUGCGCCUCCAAGUUUGCCGUCAACGCCUUCACGUCGGCGCUGCUCAAGGAGCUCGUCAGCACGCCGAUCCGCGUCUCGGAGAUCCAGCCGGGCAUGGUCGAGACCAACUUCUCCGUCACGCGCUUCCGCGGCGACAAGGGCGCCGCGGACAAGGUGUACGAGGGUCUGCAACCGCUCACGCCCGAGGACAUUGCGGAGGAGAUCGUCUGGUGCGCGUCACGGCCGGCGCAUGUCAACGUCGCCGAGUCUCUCAUCUUCCCAGUCAAUCAAGCGUCACCAUACCACAACCACCGGCCGAACCUGGCCAAGUGAGCGCGCAUGCCGUUGUGCAUGCCCGGCUUUGCAGCAUCGUGGCAGGCAGAACGUGUGCCGGGGCAAUGCAAGCCUCGCGCCCGCCAGAGGUGUGUUCGUG